AUGAAUAUUCGAGAAUAUUCAUUGGAUGAUCAAGAAAAAUUCAAGCAAUUCUUCUAUGCAGUUGAAGGCGCAAAAAAGAAGAAGCGAGUUAUGCAAUCGUUGAAGCAUAAUUCGGCUGCCAAAGUUAUGUUGGAAGCAGGCAUUGCAGGAAUUCUGGGCAUUCAAGCACCCAAACUUAUGAAAAUGACAGCCUUGCUCAGAGAUACCGCCCUCACCUUGAUUGGAAUGACAUUAUGGGGUGCAGGUGUUGGCAUUUUGUGGUACUAUCUAUUAUGCCGAGAAUAUUCUAACGACUUGACAAAAGCGACUGAACGAGCAGUGAGCGAUUUAAGGAACAUUCGAAGCAAUGAGAAAAGUAAUGCCUGGGUUAUGGAAAAAGACGAUAAAAUUGUUGGCACUGUUGCUUUGAAGUACGAAAACGGGGAAGGCAAAGUCGGCUAUCUCACAGCUUCUAAACCAGAAGAUCGCUUGAAUCUGAUUCAGACAGCAUUUAAAUUUGGUCGAACAAAUAAGAUCAAAGUAAUCAGCAAUUGGAAGAAUGAUUGGAAAUGCCAUUUCAACAUAAAGAACCUAUCAAGGUCUAUUGACCAGUUCCCCUUGCACCACCUAUUUUCACUUACGACUACUGGCCUUCAAGUUAUUCCCGUACAAUUAGCAGCAUUGACUCAACUAACAUUUCUGGAUCUAUCCCGUAACAAAAUACAAAAAGUACCAUCAUUCAUAGAAUUUUUAAAGCAGUUGAAGCACCUCAACCUAUCUCACAAUCUUUUGGAAGAAUUACCGACGAACCUGUAUUCGUUGACAAGACUAGCAUACCUUAAUUUAUCAUCAAAUCCUCUUGCUACUUUAUCACCCAACUUGGCUCAGUUAACCAGUUUAAACAUACUUGAUUUAUCUAGGACAAGCAUCAGUUCUCUACCUGCAGAAUUACUUAGAUUAUCAACAACCACCAUAAAAACGGAGAAUUGUCAACGGUUUAUUGAUCGAUCAUUCGAACUCACGCAAGAAUUAGCUCAUGACCCGAUUAGCUUAGUAGAAACUUGUGCUCGGCAACUGCUGCAUCCCGUCUUACAACAGAUUCUAGAUAGCAAUCGUAAAUUAACAAAGAGGGAACUGCAGAAGCUUAAGAAACGGCAUCGACUGUAUUUUGAAGAGUUACCAAAUCAUCUGGUACGCUUUAUAUCACAACCUAAAGCAUGCUCUUCUUGUGGUGGUGUUUAUUUCCGAUCCUACGUGGUGCGGUACCGUAUUGUACAGAGACAACAAGACGAUAAUUGGAUUCCUAUAGAAUAUCGCCUUUGUACGGCCCAUUGGAAUACAGAAGAGGAAAGGCUAUGUAGGUUGUUUUCGGAUAUACCGAAGACCUCCUUGCCAUUUUCUGAAAAGUUGGGGCAUUUAGGAAUACUACCACGUCCUUCUAGUUGGUUUGGUAUUUGA